AUGGAUAAAAUCAAGGCCCUCUUCAAGCGCAAGAAGGACAAGGAGAGCAGCACUGCUGGCACCAAGACUGAUACCAAUGGAACUGCUGCCGCUGUGCCCAAGCCCACCCCGACAGACACCGCGGCCGCUCCAUCUACCAGCGACCCGGCUGCACCUCCUGCUAGUGCUGCCCCUGUCGAUGCUUCCGCACCUGCCGACCCUGCGCCGGCCAACACUCCAGCUGCCAAGUAG